AUGCAGAGGAUAGAGCAAGAUGGAGAGGCUUUGUUGGUGCGGCCAAAUAUCUUCUUAGAUAUGCAUGGCCCUGGGAGUAAGAGUAAGACCAACGAAGUGAAAGACGAGAAGAAGGUUUCAAUUCUCAUUACAGUGAUCGGACCUAAAAUUUUAGCAGUGUUAUCGGACUUGCUUUCUCCCAAAACAGUUGAUGAAAAGACGUUUGACGAACUAACUAAAGUGUUAGAAGACCAUUUUUCGCCUAAAAGACUUGUCGUGGCAGAGCGUUACACGUUUUACAGCCGUUGCCAGAAACCAACCGAGUCCAUAUCUGAUUUUGCUGUGGCAAUUAAACACCUUGCGAUAUUUAAGGGUGGUCCAGGUGAAAUAAAAGAUGUGAAAGCUCGCAUUGUGUUGAAGGACGGGACCAUACCUAAAUUUUGUAAAUAUAGGCCAGUGCCGUAUGCGCUGCGGAAGGCAGUGGAAGAUGAACUUGACCGCAUGGUUGCGGAUGGAAUAGCAUACCAUGUAACCAGUGCUGACUGGGCUACGCCUUUGGUGGUAAUUCAAAAGAGCCAAGGAGUGCGUCUUUGUGGUGACUUCAAAGUGACUCUUAAUCAAGCUAUUCAAACUGAACAUUACCCGCUACCACAACCCGCAGACAUUUUCGCUUCUUUGGCGGGUUGUAAAUGGUUUUCUGUCUUAGAUCUUGAAGCUGCGUACCUUCAGUUGUCAGUCGCUGAGGAAUCUCAAGAACUCCUAACCUUGGCUACGCACAAAGGACUUGUGCGACUUCGUCGUCUACCCUACGGUUUGUCGUCUGCUCCUGCUUUAUUCCAGGCUGCUAUGGAUAAGAUCAUUGGAGGAUUGGUGGGGACUGUCGCCUACUUGGACGAUGUGUUGAUUGGAGGGUCAACUAAAGAAGAGGCCUUAUCAAGGUUGGAAAGUGUACUACAAAGAUUACACGAGUAUGGAGUUAAGCAAAGCAAAUUGUGGGUUUUAAGUUCAGAUGUGCUGGUGCAUUAUGAUGUAAAUAAGCCCUUGAUAUUGACUUGUGAUGCAAGUCCCAGAGGUGUAGGGGCUGUUCUCUCACACCUCAUUGAUGGCAUUGAAAGGCCAAUAGCGUUCGCUUCAAAGUCGCUAAGUUCGAGUGAAAAGAAUUACUCACAGUUGCACAAAGAGGCACUUGCCCUUAUUUUUGGCGUCAAGAAAUUUCAUAAAUAUAUUUAUGGAAGAAAGAAUGUAAUUUUACAGACAGACCAUGCCCCCUUGGUAACUAUCUUCGGAAGCAAGCGUGGAGUUCCAGGCGUUGCCGCCGCACGACUUCAGAGAUGGGCCCUCAUACUCUCAGCCUAUAAUUUUGAAGUGAAGUUUCGACGCGGUGCUGACUUGCCGCAUGCAGAUGCACUAUCCAGACUGCCCCUGCCGGACGACCGAACUCUGGAGUUGGAGACCAACCACGUGUCACAUGUAGACACCUGUGUGCAAGUAUUCAACUGCUCUGAAUUGGUGAGUGAUGCGCCCAUUACCUCUAAGGAUAUUUCUAGGCUAACUGACAAGGAUCCUGUGUUGUCUAAGGUUCGAGAUUUCAUCUGGCAUGGCUGGCCAGACGUUAAGGAUGUUGAGUUACUAGACUUUUAUAGAAGGAGGGAAGAAUUAUCGGUGGAUAAUAAUUGUGUAAUUUGGGGUGCUAGGGUGGUUGUGCCCGAAAAACUUCGUAAUGCGGUGAUCCGGCUGCUACACGACCAGCACCCGGGAAUCAACCGUAUGAAAAUGCUGGCUAGGAGCUAUGUUUGGUGGCCUGGUUUAGACAAAUGUAUAGAGGAUACAGUUUCAGCUUGUCAUGUGUGUCAAUGCACCAGAAAUGCAGUGGCAAAAGUUCCGUUGCAACCGUGGCCUCUAAGUACAUGUAGGUGGCAAAGAAUCCAUAUAGAUUAUGCCGAAGAGCCGCAAACUAGGCAACAGUUGUUAAUAGUUGUGGACAGCUUCUCUAAGUGGCUCGAGGUCUUUAUCAUGAAGUCGACCACUUCUGCUAAAACCAUUGAAAGGUUGCGAUCGUUGUUUGCAUCGUUUGGGUUACCCCAGGAAUUAGUGAGUGACAACGCUCCUAAUUUUACAAGCACCGAGUUUAAAGAAUUCCUGAGAAAUAAUGGCGUGCAAUUCACAUUGUCUCCGCCAUACCACCCAGCCUCGAACGGAGCUGCGGAAAGAUGUGUGCAAGAAGUGAAAAAGAAUCUCAAGCGACAAGUCCUGGCGGAAGGUUCUACAGCUGUGUCACUGCAGCAUAAAUUAGAUAAUUUCUUAUUUGUAUAUAGGAAUACACCCAGUACUGUAACCGGAUUGUCUCCGGCCGAGCUCUUCCUUCAGUGGAAGCCAAGAACUAAAUUGGCUUUGUUGAAACCCCACUUAAUGUCACAGAUUGAGAAGAGGAAGGAAAUGCAGAAGAAUUCCGCUGACAGACAUUGCGGUAGUUUUAGGUCUUUUGUGGAAGGGGAAAAUGUACUGGUCAAAACGGUGCGACAAGAACAAGUGUCAUGGGUCCCUGGUAGAAUCUUGGAGAAACGUAGUGCUGUCACAUAUGUAGUCAAAGUGUUGGGAAAAACAAGGUUUUGCCACGCGGAUCACCUCAGGCAUCGCCAGUUAGAGGAGGAAGAAGAAGGAAUCAUGAUUAAUAGGCCUAUGCAACAAUCGCCAGUGAAAACCACUCCAGUCAAGUCGCCAAUGAGGAUGUCGCCUCAACCAGCUUCCGAGCCUCCUAAGCAACCAACUCCAAGGAGGUCCCCGGAAAGAGUGAGCAUUCCCGACUUCCCGUCAGCUCCAGUGGAUCAAGAGGUAGUGGAGACCAGCUUACAGUGCAGUCCAUCACCACAACUUCGAAGAUCCCAAAGAACCGUACGGAAGCCGAAGAAACUUGACUUGUAG